AUGCCAUAUACGCGGAUGGUGCUUGAAGACCUUGUCACCGUGCAGAAAUUGAGCAGCCGGUGUUCAGAGCUGGGUGGCCCCAGCGAGAAAGCAGGGCAGUGGUUGGAUCUGAUCUGCACCCCAGACCAGAGUUGGCACAAUACCAUAGACGCGAUUCAUUUCGCAGAGAGCAAUUGCGACAGCUGUGCCGCGCCGCAAGGGGUGCAGCUCCAUUUCGCUUGCGACAUGUGCCAAGGGACACACCGGCGAGCCUUCGCAACUAGGUUGGGGCUCGUGCAGCACCAGCGCGCCGUUCACGGCGUCAGGAACGAAGCGAGGAGGUACGUCAAAGCGGACGGCGUUUGCCCAGUAUGCCAGAUUGACUUCCGGCAGCGCUUCCGCUGCAUUCGUCACCUCUCGGGCCAGGAGCUCCUCGUCCUGGCCCUGUGGCCCCACGGAGCGGCGCAGACUGACAAGUCCCCCGCGGCUGGAGCGCCCUCGGCGUUCCUCUGGCCAGCGCGCCGGGCCCGCAGGGCCAUGGCGCGCGCUGCUGACCGUGGGAGGCUGGAGGCUGCACUGGCGCAAGUCGCUUUCCUCGAGAACGAGCUCGCUGCCCGGGAGGCCAGCCACGCGGCGGCUCUGCAGCUGUCCCGCGACCACGGCUCCCUCGACCCCCAGCCCGACGUGCAGCUCCUCGGCGAGAUCACGGCGCGGCUGGCGAUGGCAGUGCCGAGGGAGCGCAGCACGGCGACGCGGCGCUGCCGGCAGCCCACAGACGCCUCCCUGGGCAUGCCCUCCGUCGGCGUGCCAGGCGCAGAGGCGGGCACUGGUGCGAGUGUGGCUGCUGCCGCACCCGCGCACGAGCAGAGCGACGAGCAGUCAGGCCUCGGUUCGCACGGCAGCCGAGGCGGCUCCUGGCGACUGGACGGUGGCAGGGCGCCCACGCGGAGCAACGGUGCCCGCUGGAGCAAGGCGGGGCCGCUCUUCGACACGCCGCCCCUGACCAGCAGCGGCGAGGCCGUGGUGGUGUGGCUGCACGGCUUCGGCGACACGGGCGAGCAGUGGAGCCGCACGGCCCCCGCACUGCAGCAGAUGGGCUUGCCGAUGCUGCGCUUCCUCUUCCCGACCGCGCCCGUGCGCUCCACGGGCGUCGGGAGCAGAGGGCCGUGUCGCUCAUGGUACGACGUGGAGUCUCUGAAUCCAGACGAGAUUGCGCAGCAGCAGGGGCGCGCGCACGCCGCACCCUCUCUUCCCUGCUCUUGCGAGCGCCGCGCGGCGGCAAGGCAUGUGUGCGUCCGCGGGCGCUGCCGCGCGAGUCCGUCACAGCGCUCGGGUGGGCGG